AUGGUCAGUUUGACUAAUGGAAAGCCAGUCUUAAAACAAUCGGAAAGUUCAAAUCAACUUUGUGAUAUUAUCGCAGUAUACUGUGUUAAAAGUGAAUUGAAUAAAAUUCGUGAUAUUAUGUUAAAUAUUAAUCAAACAGCAAUGGCAAUUGAAAAUUAUAUAUUUGAUCAUACAAUGACACGUGGAACACUCUCUCGACUUGUCUUUAAUGAAGAACGUUAUCUAAUCGAAUAUAAUCAAAGCCCAAAAGCAAAAUGGCAUGCCAAUUUUUUACAAUUACCAAACAUUGAUAAAGAGUUUCUCAUUUAUAUAAUCAAUGACAUCCACAAUGCAAUGUUAAUAUUUUAUAAUAGCAUCGGUUCAUUAUUAGAAACUGAUGAAAUGUUUGGAUUUCAAAUAGAUGAAUGGUUUAAGCAAAUUCAUAAAAAUUUAAGAAGUAAUGUUAUAUGUAAAAUUCGAAAUAUUCUGUAUACAUAUGACGCUGAAUGGUCACAAAACACAAAUGAUCAAAUCACUUUUCGAAAUGAAUUUUAUCCUUCACCAUCACAACGACACAAUAUAAAGAGUGUUGUGUUAUCAAGACUAUUAAGGGAAUGGAGUAACAAAUUAACAAGUGUUAUUAAUAUUAUUGAUCAAAAACUUAUCUAG